CAAACUGUAUCGAUCUGUUGUGGUGAAGAAGGAGAUGAGCCGGAAGGCAAAGCUCUCAAUUUACCGGUCGAUCUACGUUCCAAUCCUCACCUAUGGUCAUGAGCUUUGGGUUAUGAUCGAAAGAACAAGAUCACGGGUACAUGCGGCAGAAAUGAGUUUCCUUCGCCGGGUGGCGGGGCUCUCCCUUAAAGAUAGGGUCAGAAGCUCUGCCAUUCAGGGGGAGCUCAAAGUAAAGCCGCUGCUCCUCCACAUCGAGAGGAGCCAGAUGAGGUGGUUCGGGCUUCUGGUUAGGAUGCCACCCGAACGCCUCCCUAGGGAGGUGUUCAGGGCACGUCCGACCGGUAGGAGGCCACGGGGAAGACCCAGUACACGUUGGGAAGACUAUCUCUCCCGGCUGGUCUGGGAAAGCCUCGGGAUCCCCUGGGAAGUGCUGGACGAAGUGGCUGGGGAGAGGAAAGUCUGGGCUUCCCUGCUUAGGCUGCUGCCCCCGCGACCUGACCUCGGAUAAGCGGAAAAAGAUGGAUGGAUGAAUGGAUGGAUACUAAAUCACCAAAAAUGAUUGCCGGGCGCGGCACCGCUGCUGCCCACUGCUCCCCUCACCUCCCAGGGUGUGAACAAGGGGAUGGGUCAAAUGCAGAGGACAAAGUUCACCACACCUAGUGUGUGUGUGACAAUCAUUGGUACUUUAACUUUAACUUAACUUUACUUGGUCAAACAAGUAAGAGAAUCUCGAGGCUAAAGCCAAUGUUACCAAUUUAAAAAGCACACUUUUACCUCAAAAACACCUUUUACGUAAACUGUUGAUUAUGUGACGCUGACCCUUUUUAAGUAAGGCUGUGUUCAAGAAGUACUGCCUUGAAUUACAAAUCCUCCAAGAAAACCCAUUAAUCUCCGGCAAGGUCAGUGUGAGAGUCUGACAUCUUGAUGGCAUCAUUCAGCUCUUAUCGCCUUAAUAUUACGACACCCAGGGACCCUGGACACAACCUUCAUCAGCACAGCCCUGCUGGAGAAAAAGGGGUUUAUUUGCUCUCUUUGUCUUCCUCCUUUUAAUGCCUUUCACGCUGAUCGUGGCCCGGGAAUUGUUCCAGCAUCUUGUUUACACUCAUAGAAUGAGGGUUCCCUUCUUUGUUGACCUUGGCCAACCUUCUGACUUCUCCCUAAAUCACACCAUCAACAUGUACUUAACAUCAGAAGAAGGAAUCUCUCUUGGUGUUUGGCAUACGGUGCCUGCAAGUCAAUGGAGGCAGGCACAGGGAAAAGGCAUGGCAUGGUACCAAAGCACCAUCAGUGAUGGGAGUCCAGUUAUCAUUUAUCUACAUGGGAACACAGGCACAAGGGGAGCUUCUCAUCGGGUGGGCGUUGCGAAAGUAUUGAGUGCACUUGGUUACCAUGUGACACAGCCUGACUACAGAGGAUUUGGAGACUCAAGCGGUGAGCCGACUGAAGUUGGGCUCACUACAGAUGCCCUCCACGUAUACAAGUGGGUCAAAAAACACAGUGGAAGCAGCCCGGUCGUCCUCUGGGGACAUUCUCUUGGCACUGGGACAUCUGGAAGCUGUCCAUAUGAGGGGGGUACUGUCACGGUCCGGGCGCGUGUCAGUGCGCAUUCAUCUGUGCGCUGCACCGAGCGCAGCUCCACCAGCCCCAGAUUGGCGGCAGCGAACAGCUGCAAUCGAUCGCCGGCAAUCAACAUACCUGGGACUGAUGAGGGCGAGCUGAAUAAAGACCAGUGGACCCAAGGAUCCUGGCCGGAACUUAAUCUUCUGUCGUCAGUCUGCCUUUGUCCCCGCGUCGACGAGCUAUGCGUCUCGUCAGUCAUAGCUUUCUCUGCUUGCCGGACUGCCUCCUCGAUCCUCGACCCCCGCUUGGACACGGACCUCCUACGCCUCACCAUUCGCCCUGACCAUCUGCCUGCCCCACGGACUGCCUUCAUGCCUUAUUCCUCCUCUCAAAUCAACACUUCUGGUAAACACUCAGCAAUUAAUUCCUACACAUAGUCUUACACCAUACACACUCUUGGAUUUUGUCACACACCAUUCUCUAGUAAAUUUAUUAGUAAUGUUUAAUUAUUAUAUAUAUUAUAUUGUUUGUUUAUAUAUAAUAAAACAGAGCAAUAUUGCCCCCUUGUGGUUCUGUGCCAUCACAACUCCCCCCAGCAAACAUAACAUGUUCUUUAUCACAUUGUUUACUUUCACACGUCCAUUAAAGAUAUGAUUCAUGUAUGAUGGCUCAGGUGUGAUUCACUACGAUAGUCUAACAGCUGCUGAUGGUGAGGCAAUUAAGCAAGGUUUACUGUUAAAAGGAAUGUGGCAAUAGUCUACAUUGAAACACAGGGUAAGAUACACUUCCAGGUCAGAGGUAACUAUGACGCGCGCAUUUUUUCGCGCAUGUGUAUUAGGCUGCGUUGCGCCGGUGGACGGAGGGGGUCUCAAACGGUGGCAUUGUUGUGUGUGGAUAAGGCUAGGUGGGAUUUACCCUGGAUAAAUCCUUUUGUUGCUAAAAAAAAACCAAUGGUAACAAGUGGGAUUGAGUGUCAUGGGAACUAGUGCUGUACUACUAUACUUUAAAUGCAAAAAAAGAAGGCAAAUUAUUUGCCAAACUGGGCAGUAUGCCACAUGAUUGAACGCAUCUACACAGGGCAAGUACAUAAAGCCAAGCAAUUACAGCCUUUGCCGCGUCGCUGUUACGCACGGUUAGACUUGUUUGAGGUGUACGUCAUGCUACACCACAUGAUUUGGAAGGGGAAGACAGAGCUCACCUUAACACAGCAGCAUAAACAAGUUGUAGGUAAA